AUGUCCACGGAACUGAUGGAUGGAACUGUGGAGUGCAGUGUCUGCAACCUGCUCAUGAAUAAUUCAAAGAGGGACUUGAGGAACAGUGAGAAGGCCGUGGGCUCUUGCUCAGCCCAGCGGCAGGUCACAGUUCAGCCAGGGCCCUUGAUUCGAACGGAAGGAUCUCACAUCACCAUCUGGUGUAAUGUGACCGGCUACAAGGAAGGAGUGGAGCAAGACUUUGAGUGGUCCAUGUACCUUUACACCGCUCCCGAUCGAGAGAUCCGUAUCGUGAGCACGUCCCAGCACAGCUACGCCUACGCCUUGUACGCCCAGCGUGUCAACAGCAAGGAGAUCUACAUCGAGAGGCUGAGCGGAGACUCUGUCGUGCUGCACAUCACCAAACUGCAGGCCGCCGACCAGGGCAUGUACGAGUGCUACACCCCAAACACAGACAGCCGCUACCUGGGCUCCUACAGCGCCCGUACCAACCUCACCGUGAUCCCAGACUCUUUGACAGUGACGGCCACUGCUCAAACUCUCUCGAAAGUGGAGGGGGACACUCUACAGCUGAGCUGUGAGGUCACACGUCAGACAUCCCAGCAUACUCAUGUGUCUGUGGGCUGGUAUCUACGUCCUGCUGAUGACCCCAAUUCUGGUCCACGUGAUCUGGUCACUCUGUCACGGGACUUCGUUCUAAGGCCGGGGGGACAGUACCGCCAACGUCUAUCUUCAGGAGACCUGCGGCUAGACAAGACCAGCGCCACAUCCUACCGUCUCACCAUCUACAAACUGCAGCCCACAGACCAGGGAGAGUUCUACUGCGAGGCCUCUGAAUGGAUCCAGGACCCGGAUCGCUCCUGGUACGCCAUGACCCGGACGGAGUCAGAGAAGACGUCUGUCAAAGUUCAGCCCACAGAUCGGGACUUUAGUAUCCAGGUGAACACCGAGCGCCGGGCCUACACGGCUGGUGAGCCGCUGGAGCUCCGCUGCACCAUUGACGCUCAGAAUGUUCCAGAGCGCUUCUUCUCGGUGUCGUGGGUCUUCAGCAGCUCACCCGUAGCCGUGAUCGGGCCCAGCGCCGUGCCCGUACUGGGACCCAACUAUGUGGAGCGAGAAGCGUCCGGCCUCCUGACCGUGCGAAAAGAGAGCCCCUCCAUCCACCUGCUCAAGUUGCAGCGGCUACUGCCGGAGGAUUCUGGGAAAUACAUCUGCAGAGUGACGGAGCGGGAAAAGACCCCCACUGGAGAUUUCAUCGACCGCAGCAAGCGGUCCCGUAACGUUCAGAUCACUGUAACCCCUCUGAGAAGUAACAUCACUGUGUCGUUAUCCAGUAACUCUUCAGAGAUUAUGGAGGGGGAGACCAUUCAGCUGACCUGCGUUGUUAGCAACACUCUGGGUCCCCUGUCAGUGAUAUGGCAGUGGACGGAUAAGGAGGACGUGGGUCCUGCCGUGAACGUGGCUAAUGUGGAUCGUGAGGGCACAGUCACUCCUGGGCCCACGUUUAGGGAGCGCAGCAGCUAUGGAGAGGUUCGGGUGGAGCGGGUUCGGCCCGACACAUUCACCCUGUUGCUGUAUAAUGCCUUCCCCACAGAUGAGGGCCAGUACAGAUGCAGCGCCACCGAGUGGUCCCAGAGUGGAACUGCACCUGACUGGAUUUGGCAGCAGAUUGGAGACGAAUCCGCCAUCAAGACCACUACAGUAAAAUCAGUUGAAUCUUUCUUCUUUGUAUCGGCGUCCUCUCGUACGCCCAGCGUGACGUUUGGUGACUCGUUUGACCUACAGUGCAUCGUGAAGCCACGGCACAAUCCCAACGUUCCUGCUGCGGUCACAUGGCGCUUCCAGCCAGCAGAGGGCGAUGGAGAGUUCCGAGAUUUGGUGACGUUCACGCGGGAUGGCACUCUGCAGUGGGGCGAUCAACUGCUGGGCCUUGGCACGCGUACCACUGUGGAUCGUACGCCCACUAACACCAACUUCCGUCUCAGCAUCACCCGAGCCGGACGCAAGGAGGCCGGGACGUACCAAUGUGCUGCCUUACUUUAUCGGAGGAAUUACGAUGGCACCUGGAGCACGGUGGCCAACCGCACCUCCAACCCGCUGGGCAUCAGUGUACUGCAGCCUGUGAGUAAACUGAAGGUACACAAGUCCAACCAGAGUCUGCAGUUUCUGGAGGACAGUCGGGUGCGUGUCAACUGCUCCGUCACGUCUCAAACCAGCCCGGAUUCUCAGCAUGCCGUGCUGUGGUACGCCCGGAAGGCUGAGGCCGGAGAGCCGGAUGAGCUGCUGUUGAAGAUCAAACACACUGGAGCAUUUGAGUACGGAGCUUACGCUGAGGAGGAACGUCUGCGCAGCCGUGUGCAGUCAGAGACACUCUCUCCUCGGCUAUACGGCCUCACGCUGCAUCGUGCCGAGACCAGCGACUCUGGAACAUACUACUGCCUUGUGGAGGAGUGGCUCACGGACCCUGAUGGAGCCUGGUACCGUCUGGCACAAGACUUCUCCGGCUUCACACAUGUGGUGGUGAGACAGCCAGUGGUGAAGUUACAGGUGGAGGAGGCAGAAUCCAAUAUCACCGUACCUGAAGAUGGAUCAAUCCGGCUGGGCUGCAGCAUUCUGUCUCAGUCCUCAAAAGAUUCCCGCUUCUCUGUAUCCUGGUACGUGUACCGUUUGGGACAAGAAGAGGAGGAUGAGCAAGAGUGUGUCUUUUCCAUCGGCCAUGAUGCAGUGUUCGGUAAUGGGAACUGCAGCCCUACAGAGGAACCCGGUCCAAACUCUCGCCUGCAGUUUGAACGCACCACCUCUGACCUGUACAGUCUGACCAUCCAGAAAGCUCGGCCCAGAGAUGCAGGCAAUUACUACUGCCACGUGGAGGAGUGGCUGCUGAACCCACGCAAUGCAUGGUACCGCCUCGCCACCAACAACUCAGGAGUCACCAUUGCUAAUGUUAUGGAGCAGGUCUCUACCCUACAGUCAGUGGUUUGUUCCAACGACUCCCUCUUCUACUUUGUUUUCUUCUACCCCUUCCCUAUCUUUGGCAUCCUCCUCAUCACGGUCCUGCUGGUGCGAUACAAGAGCCGCAGCUCCAGCAAAAACCAGGAGGGCAAGAACGGAGCGCCGCUCCUGUGGAUCAAAGAGCCCCACCUCAGCUAUUCCCCAACCUGUCUGGACCCCCCAGCCCUCAGCCUUCACCCUGGCUCUGUGGAGUAACAGUGACACAAACACGACCCCGUCUCGCUCUGAGACUCGCUCAUCUACACUCUCUCUCUGACUCCCUCUCUCUUUUUCGUCUCUCCUCGUCCGUGAUGAGGCCACCAGAAAGUAAUCUGGGCUUCUAGCCUGGCCUGACCUU